AUGAGUUUUAAGUGGCCGUGUAAUCUUCAUUCAUGUGUCUCUCCCGACUGGCUCCCAAACGAUGUUGUUGUUGAGUUCUGGAACAGUUCCCAAGAUCCGCUCCGUGUCCACUGCGAAUCCUCACUUUCCUUUUCAGAAUUUACUCUUUUUGCGUCGCAGUUGGCGGAACUUCUCUGUCCUUUAUCACCAUCUCUUGUUGGAAUUUUAUGGCGCCCGUGUUUGUACAUGCACGUAGCGGUUCAUGGCGUUUUGCUUUCCGCCUGUGCAUUCUUGCCAUUUUCUGAUCGCAAUUCCUUUCCCGAGCUACAGCGGCUAUUUCGUGCUGUUAUCUCAUUGACUUCAGAAUGUGAAAACGAAAUAAGGGAUUUCGGUUUUGAAUGCAUUCAAGAUAAACCCUUUAAGGUGUACAUUCGAAAGGAUAGUCUACCAAAACUGCCUUCAAGUGACCUGGCCUAUUGCGUUGCAACAUCGGGCUCCACUGGUGUGCCAAAGCUAGCCCUUGCUUCUCACUCGUGUGUCUCUGCGAAUGUUAUUGACCUGUGCACUCGCUUACCAAAAUUGGAGGCCCACUCAGGCAUCUUCAUCACUUCACCGCUGACCUUUGAUGCUUGUACAGUCCAAAUUUACCUUGGCCUGGCUAGUCACCGGCGCGUUGUCCUGCCGUCUCAAUCUGUCCUUUUUAGUAUGGACGGAAAACUUCUUGCACAACUAAUCACAUCCACCGGUGUUGACACUUGGCAGUGUACUCCAAGUAUUUUUGGUCGCUUGCCACCGGAUGGUCUCGCCAAUGUUAAAAAGUUGUGGGUCUUUCUCGGUGGUGAGCCGUGUUCCGUAGAACGGUUGCCGAUGGAUAUGGACAAUUUGAAAUUCUUUUUCAUGUAUGGAUUGACUGAGGUUUCUGCCUGGAGCUCCAUUAUCGAAGCUAAGGCUAUUUUAUCGGAGGAAUCCCCAGUCCCCGGAGCGACUCCACUCGGUUCUCCAAUGGCGCACUCUCAAGUUGUUCUCAAGGAUGUUGAUCAAAGCACUGGUUUUGGGCAAGUCUACAUUUCGCGAACGCUGGGAGGUUAUUCAACUGUCAUAGAGCCGUUUACAAAUGCUAAACUUUUGAGUGCAAUGUCGCUCAUGUCACAGGCAAAUCUUUUGCCCACUGGCGAUUAUGCAAUCGCAAAACCGAAUAGUUCAUCUCCUUUAUGGUUUCUUGGACGACAGGAUCGGAUGGUUAAGGUUCAUGGAAAAAAGUGCUACCUAGAAGGCCUUGAGAAUGAAAUACUGCGACUGCUCACCAGUCAUCUCAAAAAGGCUUGUCUUCGGGUGGUCAACUGUCGUUGCGAACCUGAUCCGCUCAGGGCGUACAUCCAGGUGGACGGAGUUUUUACCCCGGAAAAUUGUGUGGACAUGAAACAGUGGCUGCUGCAGCGGGUUACUUUCCCAAUAUCACCUCACAAUGUGAUAUUGUCAGUUGCAUCUCUUAAUCUAAAUGCCAACGGGAAGGUUGUGGGUAAAUCCGUCAGAUCGACUUGUCUUUCGUCGAUUUCCCCCACCACAAAAGACAUGGAACUAACAUUUCAGCAAUGUGGAGGAUCUUCAAUUAAAGCAAUGUACCUUAUUGAGAGCCUUAUAUCUGAUUGGCCUGCUUUAAAAAAUAAAAAGGCACUCCUUCUAACCACACUUUUCAGUAGACCCUUUGGGGAGUUUAUAAGGGUAGUAGAAAAAGAGUCUCUGUCAACUCACGAAGAAAUUGCCUUGGAUGUUUCUCAGGAACCCGAAGAAAAACGACUGAGGUUGUCUGCAAAUUUCGAAGCCAAACUUGUUUGGAGUAAGGUUCUUGGGAAGUGCGUUGACGCGUCACCCAUAGUCGACCCUACGACCUCAAGCGUCUUUGUCGGAAGUCAUUCAGGUAUUUUUAAGAGACUUCAACUUCAGAAUGGUGAGACAAUUUGGUCUCGAUCUAUCGGUUGUCGUAUCGAGGCAACUGCUUGCCUCACUGAGGAUCUGGUCGUUUUCGGAACCCUUGGGGGAAAGUUGUACGCUCUGACAAUUAAUGACGGCGCAAUAGCGUGGGUGUUUGAUGCGGGAGGAGCAAUCAAGUCAGCCCCAACAAGAAUUCCUAACUCAAACCGGCUGCUCAUUGGUUCUCACGGGCGCUGUGUCCACGCCAUUGAUGGAGGCCGUGAGGUGUGGAAGGCCAGUCCCGACCACUCGCCCAUUGUUGCUCCCAUUGUCGUCGUGGAUACGGAGUCCGCGCUCGUUGGAACACUAGGAGGGUAUCUCCAUCGUUUGGACGUCAAUCAAGGCACUAUUGAGUGGACUACAAAGCAUUUGGGGCCAAUAUUCGGUUCUCCUACCAUUGUGGAAUGCUCUUCCCGAGUGGUUGUUGCAACUGCUGAUAGUACUGUUCAUUGUCUGUCACUACUGAAUGGCGGGCCAGUCUGGACCGUAAACCCCGCGCCCGAGGCGGGACUUUUUUCGGACCCACUACUUUUACCAGCCCCACUCAACCUCCUGCUUUUGGCCAGCCAAUCGGGCCACUUGCACGCUCUCUCACCAAUCGAUGGAAGCAUUGAAUGGACUGUCGAUUUCGGGAAAUCAGAACGAGCUAACAACUCACGAACAGCCUUCCUUAUCACUCCUUGUAUAGUCAAUCGAAACCCCUUGUUAAUUAUCGUCACUCGCACUGACGGGACCCUAUUUAUGUGUAACAUCGGUGAGGAUGCUGUGAGAAAUUCAAGCGUAAUUUAUCAACUUCCCAAAGAGACUUUUUCGGUCCCCUGUGCCGUUCACCUCAAAAAAAAUGUACUUUCGAUUCUACUCGGUUGUAGAGAUGACACUGUGAAUUACUUAGAGCUUAACUUUGAUGAUAAUAAAAACUAA